CCCACACCUUACAUUCCUCUACAAAUACCCCCACUUUAUGAGCAGGUCUCUGCACAACACUUGUACAUCAGAAAACAGCAUCUUCAAAACAACGAGCAGACAGGAAGAAAGGAAGAAUCCAAAGAAACACUAACUUUUCAAUUUUCCCAUCAAGUUCGGAGGACACAGAUUAAAGGAAUGGGAUCUGUUGGAGUUCAGAUUGUUUGUGUGGCCCUCUGCGUCUUUGGCCUGAUCGGGGUCAUUGUGUGCUGCGCUGUCCCACUCUGGAAAGUGUCCUCCUUCACGGGAGCCAACAUCGUGACUGCACAGAGCAGACAGGAGGGCCUGUGGACGAGCUGUGUGGUGCAGAGUACCGGCCAGCAGCAAUGCAAGAACUACGACUCCCUGCUGGUGUUGCCCUCUGACCUGCAGGCCGCCCGUGCCAUGACCAUCAUCAGCUGCAUGUUUUCCUGCCUCAGCCUCCUCAUCCUAUUCUGUGGGGCCGACUUCACCACCUGCAUUGAGAACGAAGAUGCCAAGCCCAAGAUCAGCUUGGUGGCCGGGGUGGGCAUGCUGCUGGCCGGCCUCCUGGUAAUCAUCGCCGUCAGCUGGUCCGCUAACAGUACUGUGACAAACUUCAACAACCCCCUGGUGGAUGCUUCCAACAAGAUGGAGCUGGGAGCGUGUAUCUUUGUGGGCUGGGGGGCCGGCGUGCUGCUCCUUCUGUCUGGAGGUCUGAUCUGCUGCUUCAGCAGGCCCAAAUCUGGCAGCUCCGGUGGAACUGCCAAGUACUACAGCAAUAGCUCCGCCCCCGCCGCCAAUAAAAACUAUGUGUAGUGGCUUUAUGAAGGGGACUGGUGUUUGACAGAAAUUAGGGGCUAGGGGUUAAGUUGGUAAAAGACUGGGAAGAAACAAAGUAGACGACAUCAGGGGUUGUUUUAGGAAAAACGUUUAAAAAAAAAAUCUCUGUAAAUACUUAAUUCUGACAACUGUCUCCCAGUUUUUUCAUUUUCAUACUUAUGCAGGGGACGUUUUAAAUCUUAAAACUGUUUUAGUAUUUGGUGCUGGGUUAUGCAUACACUGUUAUAAAGUAAAUGGAAAACAAAUGGUAUACUUGUUGAUUACGCACAUUUUGUGAUGUUAGAAUUAAAACUGUUUUUAUUUGGGUUGCCGCUUUGACAUAUACAGUACAAUAUCAACUAUGAUGCAUUUCUGCCCUUUUGGCCUUUUUGUAGACACCACUACUGCCUCAUAUUUACAACUAGUUUAGAUCUACUACUGUCUAUAUUGCCUGUUUUCUGUCUUGUCACCUCAGGGAGCAUCCGCGUGAACUUGUUUCCUUUGACCAUAUGAUCUUAAACGUCCACGACAUUUCAUUUUAUAUAACGUUUUCUCGUUUUGUUUUGUUUCUCAGGUUGUAUGAUGAUGAGUAUAAAUAAUUAAAAUUGUAAUGUAAUUCAAA